AUGAGGAGGGUUGAAUCAGCAUUGUUUGAGAUGUUCCCAAGAGCUACAAGGAGAAUAUGCUGCCAGCAUUUGUACUCAAAUUGCAAGGCUGCAGGAUGGAGUGGGGCAGCAUUUCAUAAGAUGUUUUGGAUUGCGGCAAAUGCCUACAAUGAGUACGUUUUUGAAAAAACUAUGUCCAAGAUAAAAGAUUUUGAUGCAGCAGCAUAUGACUAUCUCAAAAAUGUAGAAGAGCAGUGGAGUGUGCACAUGUUUGACAGGACAGUUUGUUGUGAUCAUAACACAACAAACUUCGUGGAGUCAUUCAAUGCAAUAACAAAGGCCAACAGGGACAUGCCUGUGUUGACAUUGCUGGAAGAUGUCAGGAAUUGGUGCAUGAAAAGGAUGGGUUCCAGGUUCGAUAAAGCAGUAAGUAUGGAACCUAAUGAUCUAACAGAGCAUGCAAAGGGGGUGCUGGCGACUAGGACUAAUGAUUCUAGGUUCUGCCAUGUCACUGCAGCUGGUGGUGGAGAGUUUGAGGUGAGGGAUGGCCAUGUCAAGUUCCCUGUCACCCUUGGAAAUAUGACUUGUGGGUGUGGGAAAUGGCAAGGAUCAGGGAUCCCUUGCAAGCAUGGGCCAAGGGUCAUUUACAACCAGAGACUUGAUCCUAGGGACUUUGUCUCACCUUUCUACAAGGGGGCUGCUUACAAACUCACUUAUGGAGACCACAUCCACCCCAUGGCUGAUCCAACUCACUGGCCUUCACUAGAUGUGCCAGAAAUUGCACCACCCCAAGGGAAAAGAAAUGCUGGCAGACCACCUAAGCAAAGGAGAAGAGCUGCUCAUGAGGCAAAAAAAAGAAAGAGGCAUAAGAAUAACAAAUGCAGCCUAUGCAAAGAACUAGGCCACAAUGCAGUGACAUGCAAGGCAAAAAAGGCAUCAUCAAAGAAGACAGCACAUGCAGCUUCCUCUUCACAGCAAGGCAACACUAGGGGGAAGAGAAAGGCUGCUACUUAG